CCUCCAUUCUCCGUCUCACUCACUGUGAUAAAUACUUGCUUGACGCUUUUCUUCCUCCUUUCCUCCGCAAUUAUUAAACACAGUACCCAUUCUUUUUGUUUGGUGCUUUUUUUUUUCCCUUUCUCAUUCUCUCAUCCCCGCUGCCAUCCUUAACUCUUUAUACCCAGCUGUCCAAGAUGAGUACUUCUCUGUUCAACGCCCCGCUGAGGAGGCUGCUCGCCCCUCCCUUCACUACUCCGCACGCUUCAAGGAGAGCUUUCUCCACGACUCUAUCACGGGAUGCGACUUGGGGGUUUAUUGGUUUGGGGCAGAUGGGAUACUCAAUGGCUAGGAAUUUGCGUUCCAAAAUCCCCAAAUCUGAUACACUGAUCAUAUGCGACGUCAACGCGAAAACCACCGAGCAAUUCGUCCAAGAACAACCCAGCGACCUGAAAGUCAAGGUUGCGACUAGCCCUCAACAGGUGGCUUUAGAAUCGGAAACAAUUAUCACCAGUCUUCCUGAACCCCGCCACGUCAAGGACGUUUUCCACAUCAUCCUAAAAGGCGGCCUCCCAAAACUCCAAUCAGACAAAGACCGCCUCUUCAUCGACUGCUCGACGAUCGACCCCGCCUCCUCCCGCGAAGUCGCAAACGCAGUCCACUGCACGGGCGCCGGCAAAUUCGUAGAUGCUCCCAUGUCCGGCGGCGUCGUGGGCGCCAAGGCCGGUACUCUCACCUUCAUGCUCGGUGCCUCCUCCAAAGUGCCCGGACUUGCCCAGCGGGCCGAAGAGGCUCUCCUGCUUAUGGGCAAGAAGGUAUGGCACCUGGGUGAGCAGGGGGCCGGGCUCUCCGGAAAACUAGCCAACAAUUACCUCCUCGCCAUCCAGAACAUCGCGACGGCGGAAGCGAUGAAUCUCGGGAUUCGGUGGGGGCUGGAUGCGAAGACGCUGGGCCAGAUGAUCAAUUCGUCCACGGGGAGGUCAUGGUCGAGUGAGGUGAAUAACCCCGUGCCCGGUGUGGUCGAGACAGCGCCCGCUUCGAGGGAUUAUGCGGGUGGGUUUGGGGUGUCGUUGAUGAAGAAGGAUCUUCGGCUUGCGGUGGAGGCGGCGAAGGAGGCGGGGACACCCUUGAAGCUUGCGGAGAAGGCGCAGGAGGUUUAUGCGGAGACUGAGAGCGGGUAUCCGGGUAAGGACUUUUCUGUGGUGUAUAAAUAUCUGAAGGAUAUGUCGCGAUAGAUGGACAAUGGAGUGUUUUUUUUUUUUUUUUUAGGUUUAGGAUGUUCUGUCUCUUAUUUUUGUACCUAUGGGAAUGGAUAUACGCGGGAUGGACGGCCUAAGUUUAUGGGGUUUCCCUUUUUCCUAGAAUGAGAUACCAGAUAAGAAACUCAAUUGCAUAUAGAUUAGUUUAUCUUUUUUCACCCUUCGCCGCUACUAUCCAAUUUGUAAUUUAUAACUGCUUUUCGGCUUCCGCC